UUUACACCUGUGCUUUUUCCACUGAGACAAAUGUCUUCCAUGAAAAGGGCCUGUCUGCCAUCCAGUUCCUGCUCCUAACUGCACCAGUUGGUGACAACAUGGCAUACAGGAAGGUGUGUGACGCCCAGGGUGGCCCAAUGGUCAGUGAGGUUCUGCACUGCUCUGGAGGUAUGGAUCUCGAUUGGGACCUGGAAAAGGAGGAGCUACAGGAACCAGGACCAAGCAUGGACCGCAUGCAGACGCAACACAUGGAUUGCCAGAGAUCAGACCCUGUCCCUGACCCUGACCCUGAGCUGAUGGAACCCAUCCAGCCAACUGUCUCAGUUUCACCACAUGGACGAUUUGAACGUCUCCAAGAGGAUCCCAACUACAUCUCCCACUUCACCAGGGCUCCGGGCCAUAAAGGCCAACGACGGCUCCACUGCUUCCUGCUCAGGUACUUCCUGGCAGGGGUGGGGCUUUUUGUCCUGGGUCUCCUGAUUGGCAGGUUCACUCACACACCUGUUGCGAAAACACCUGUUCCUCCAUCUGAUAGCUCAGACCUGCUGGAGGAGCUCCUGAGAGGAAUCACAGCCGACAAGAUAGACGCUCUUCAUAGGUCUUUCUCCAGCCUAUCAGAUGACAGCGAAGAAGCCAGAGCCAGGUACCUCUACAGGCAGUGGGUGGGACUUGGUUUGACUGAUGUUCAUCUGUCCAAUCACACAGUUCUGCUCAGCCUGCCUGGUUCCACACCCAACACCAUCACUGAUAGGUCUAGUCACCAGUGUUUCCUGCCAAAUGGGAUCCCCUGUGACCAGCGUGGACCAAAUGACCUGCCAAAGCACCAGUUCCCCUACGCAGCCUACUCUGCCGUUGGAAGUUUGCAGGGGGAGGUGGUGGAUGUCCAGUACGCCAGCGUGGACGACCUCCGGAGAGCCAAAGACCGCCUGAACCUCACCAACCAGAUUGCUGUGGUCAAGCUUGGCCAAGCACCUUUGCUGUACAAGCUAUCCCUACUGUCUGAGCUGGGUUUUGGAGGUGUUCUGCUAUACAUUGACCCAUGUGACGCUCCCCCUGACCGCCACACCUGGCAUCAAGCCUUCAGAGUAACUCUCAACCCCGAAGGAAACCCUGCCAUUGUUGAGGUGUCAAGAGAGGCUGGAGGUCGUCUGACAUCUCUGUUGGUUCAGCCCAUCUCUGACUUCCUGGCAAAGACGUUGCUGUCCUCUCCAUCCACAGGGCAGGGAGACUCCUGUAUUCCUCUAGCUAUGCCUCCCAACAAAGAACGAAAGAAGAUUACUCUGACUGUCGGAAACCAGCUGUCCUACAAGAAGAUCUACAAUGUUGUGGGAUACCUGAAAGGAAGGAGAAACCCAGAUCGCUAUGUGCUGGUUGGCAGUCGUCAUGACAGCGACCAGGGAGGCGGAGCUUCAGCCAUCAUGAAUCAGCUCAUCGCGGCGCUGACAGAGCAGACCAAACGAGGAUGGGUGCCAGACCGUACCACUGUGUUUUGCUCAUGGGGAGGCUCAGCCCUGGGGAACAUCGGGUCCUAUGAGUGGGGAAAGGAUAACAGUGUUGUCCUGCAGAGCAGUGCAGUGGCCUACGUCAGUCUGAACUAUCCGGUUAGAGGGACCGAGACACUACGAGCUACAGCUUCUCCAACCCUGCUGCAACUCACUUCAGAUAUACAGAGAAGACAGUUGCUGAGUUGCAUUCGUGGUGGGAACUGCCCGGGACCCAAUGUCAGCUCGCUGCAGUUGCCUGGAGAUGUGAAUUUCUUCGCCAACCAACUGGCUGUGCCCACCAUGGAGUUUGCCUUCGAGCAGACCAAAGGAGAAGAGGUCACCAGUUUCCUGUCAGAAGCCCAAUUUUCUGCUGAGUCACCAGAGACCCUGGAUCCGCUUUUCAAGUUCCAUGAGACCAUUGCAAAGAUGACAGCAGAAGCCAUUCUCCGCUUGGUCAAUGAUCCUGUGCUGCCAUUCUACCCUCUGGACAUUGCCCUGGAUGUCCAAAACAAACUCAAAGAUAGGAGUGUGGUAACUCAGUCCAUGCUGUCCUCAGCCUCCUCUCUGAGAGACCACGCAGCUUUCUUCCAGUCAGAAACGAUGCGGCCGGCAAAUGAUCCCAAAGAGCGCGACCCCUCCCACGUGCGGAUGCUGAAUGAUGUACUCCGUGACCUGGAGAAGAGCUUCAUCAUCCCACAGACACCGCCUGGAGUGUACAGGAACCUGUUAUACAGCCUUCCAGGGAAGACUCCUCAGUUUUCCAUCCUCAGGUUCUCAAAGGAAGCUGUACUGCACUGCAACGUCUCCAGCAAAGUAGUCAAACACAACUCUGCAGACAAGGAAGUGCUUUGCCACAGCACCCUGAACCAGUCUCUGUCUCUCAUCCUUAGGGCCAUCCGCUCUGCGGAGAGGCUGGUGUGUUUUGGCUUGGGCUUGUUUGAAAAUUACCCAAAUGACACAAUAUGAUCUGGGCUGACACAGACCCAUCAGUGAGCUUGGAUGCACUCAAGAGCAAAAGUUGCCACUGAUCUAGUCAAUAAAGUUGAAAUACAUUGCUAAUAUUAAAACACAAUUGAGCCUCUUCCAAAACUUAAUCUAACUCAUUGUACAUCAUUAAGAAUCAGAGAGAACCCAAACACUAAAUGAGUUUUGAGAGGGCUCAACAGAAAACAGAUUCAAACUCCCAACCCAUAGUGUCAUCCAUUUACUCCCAUCAUUCCACACUCUCUCAAUAACCGAUAUUGAACCAAUGAAUACAAUAUGCAGUCCAGAAUAAAGGGAGAAUUGUUUUUCGAAUGAUUUUUAUAUCAAGGGUUGUAAAAAAAAAAAAUUUCUGAUUGAUGAAUGUAUUGAAACUAACUUGUUGCACACUAGCUCUUAGAUAUGCAAAUAAUAUAUGACACAAUGGGGUCCUUUUUAAAUUGCACUAUACCCUCUAUCAAUGAAAGCAUACCAGCAAUAAAAGGCAUAUGAUUAUGAUUAAUUUUAGUUUUUUAAUUAUUUGUCCUUCACCAGACACUAGCUCUGUUGUUUUUAAGAAAAACAUAAGCACCAAUUCAGAAUUAAAAUUUGUGAUACUAAGGAAAAUGUAAAACAAAAAAAAAAAAAAAAAGUUUUGCGUGUCCCUAAAGGGACAUUUUUGUAUUUCACAGCCUGGGUCUUAUUCUUGUAAUUGGAGCCAUUCUGGCUAAUGGGUCACACUAACUUUGCACUCUCCACGGACAUUGUGGAGACACGGGAAAUGCAACUACGGCAAAACAAGGUAUAUCUGGAAAAGCAGCUUCCUAAGACUUUCCAAAUAAAAAUGUCCAUUUGUUCCAGCUAGCUGGCUAACCAAACAGCUAGCUUGGGUAGCCAGCAAGUUGCCCCGGAAGUAGAUCCCUUUGCAGUUAUCUACAAUUGCUAAUCUGUGGGGGCUCGUUUGGACAAGUGUUUUAAAUGAUUUAUGUGAAAUGAAAUUGGAAAGCUUAAGGAGGAUCACGCAGCUCAAUAUACGUUGUUGUGCCCGAGUUGUGUUUCCUGA